AGCGGUAGCGCCACCAAGCGCGACUUACACAUGUGACUAGCGUUUCGUGACAGUAUUUUUUUGUUAAUGCUUCCGGAUUUUAUGUUUCUAUUCUUUUACUUCUCUAUAGCUAAAUUUGUGUUUUGUGCCCUAGAUGUUUACUAGGUGUUUAUUUGUUUACUUUGCCGAUUUAAAGGUUGAAAUAAUAUUGUUUUUGUCUACGCAUAUCAAGUUAUUUUAAAUACAAAAUUAAUUAAUUUGGAAAAAAUAUCAAAGAAUUAUAAUUAUAAUGUAAUCCAAAAAUGACAAUCUGAAAAAUCUAUUAUAUUAUUUUUAUUAUUCUUCAUAUUAAAAUAAUCAAAAUAAAUUUGAUAUUUAAUUGCAUAAUAUGAAAUAAUAAUAUUUAAUAUAAGAAUUAAAUUAAAUGCUCUAAAGAAUACUACUUUAUAUUACUGCAUAUACUUUUUUGAGUUAUAACAAUGAGCAAAGAAGCUGGAAAAUAUUUAUACAAUUACAUCAAUUAUUGCAAAUUAUGUGUGCUUUAAAAAGAAAUAUAUAUCUAAAAAUGUAUUUCUUUCACAGAUAGCAAAGUUCAUAAAUUUAUGUAUUAAUUUCAUAAAAAUUCAAAACGAUGUUUAUACAUUGCUCUAUUGAAUUUUCAACAUUACUAAUGGACCUAACUUAUGGCAUAAAAUUAUAUUCUGCUUUAAUGAUAUAAAAUAUUUAAAGUAAACUACAUUAUGGAAACAAGAUUUAAUUUAAAAAAUUGUGGAAGCAUUGAAGAUGAUUCUAAUUGUUUAAAUUUUACUAGCAUGGUACAUAGUAAAAAGGUUAAACAUGCAUUAAGACAACAAGUAAAGCGUCGCAGAAAAAAUACAACAAUAGCAGCAGGAAAUCCUCGUUCUUUACCCAGGAUUAUUCAUGCUAUUCCAUCAGGAUUACAAACUGAGAUAUCUUUGUCUGGAAUGAGUGAAGCUCAAAAUCAAACCGUUGUUGAAGAAACAGCUGCAACAAUGAAAGAAGUAUUAGCAAGUCUACCUGGAUUUACACUUAGGUCAAGCAGGCGACGUUCCACUAAAAAAUUAUCGAUAGCUGCACAAUUAGAGGCUGGCUUAGUGGAUUUGGAAUCACCCGCAAGUAUUUUAGCUAACACAAGUCUGCGAGCACUUUUAAAUAGGCAUACAUUCCAAGGUUUACCCCCAUUAUAUCAAAGAAAGUUAGCACAACUUUUGCCUGCUGUAGAUAGACAGGAUGCUGCCACAUCUGGAUUAAACAAUGAGUUUUUUGCAAGAGCGUGUCAAGAAUGGCGAAAACGUUUGGCUGAAGGGGAGUUUACACCGGAAAACCAACAGCGAUUAAAAUUAGAAGCCGAGAGAGAUAAAAAUAAACUGGAUCCUUGGAAGUUAAAACAUUUUGAACCUAUAUGGGGAGAAAAACGCGAACUCCAUAAGUUUAGAUCUGGAAUACAUUGUAUUAAUAAGGAAACGAAAUUUUUAAAGAGUACAGCAAAAUCAUGCUCUGGACCUCAAAUUGAUCCUAAUUUGAAUCAAAUAUUAAAUGCUGAUAUGUCAUCUGAGACGUUAUUAUCCCGAAAAGUUAUUAAUAAAAACGUGACGUAUCAAUCUAAGCAUAUAGCAAAUAAAGCAAAUUUAGUUUCUUCAGCAGAUGAUUCAGUAAUUCCAGAGUUUAAUGUUACCGUCAGUAUUUUGGACGAUGAUGAUGAUGACGAGGACGAUGAUGAUAUUGAUAUUGAUGAUGAUGAUGAUGAUAAUGAUGAUGAUGGUGAUGAUGAUGAUGACGCUGACGAUGAUGAUGAAGAUGACGACGAUGAUGAAGAGGAUGAGGACGACGAAGAUGACGAGGAUGAAGAAGAAGACGACGAAGAAGAUGAUGAUGAUGAAGAUGAUGACGAUGACGAUGAAUUAGACACACGCGUUUCCUUGACUUAUUUAAACGAAGAAGCUCAGCAUUGUAGAGCGAUCAUUGUUUCCAAUACUGAUAAUGAACAAUUGUAUACUGAACAAACGUUAUCAGCUGAAAUACCAAUCUUAGAAAAAACUAAAUAUUCCAAAGAAAUGAUUUUAGAUUUGAUAAACAAUAGCAAAUACAUUGAUCAUGAUACUAAAUUAAAAGAGGACAAUCGAGAUAAAUAUCUACGAAAUUUCGAAGAGUCACCCGGAAGAUCCACUAAAUCUACUUCGUUUGCGAAUUUGAAAAAUGUUUUCACCGAUGAUAGAAUUCAUCAAAAAAGUCAAAGUUCUAUGCUAGAAAGUAAUAAUACAGAUAAUCUAUCAGUACAAGCAAGUGCCCAGUUGUAUCAAAAUGCUGCAUCAAAAUUAAAAUUUACAAUUAAAGAUGAAACUUUUACUAGCGAUAUUAUCGUAAAAGUAAAAACAACAGAAUUCGAGCAAUCAUUGGAGAAUUCUGAGCUAAAUGAAAUGGAAACUAAUCAAAUAGAUUGUGAUUCUGUUGCCACUGCAGACACUGUAAUAAAUGGAGUAAUUGAACUUGACAAUGAAACUCUGCAACGAAUCCAUGAGCUUGAGGUGAGAGGUGAAAUGCAAGAAGCUUAUGAAGCAAUCUCUGGGUGUUCAGAAGAAAUAAUUUAUCCUAUGCUGCAAAAUAUUGAAAUCAAUUCUAAUAAUACUAAAAGUUCAGAAGCUCCAACGACUUCUGAAGUAAUUAAAAAUCAAGUUUCAACUCCUCCCUUUAGUACAAGAAAUCAAGAGGAAGCUUUCCAAGAAGCUAAUAAUUAUGUGUGUUCUGAAAUGCAAGAUAGCAGCUGGGCAUCUACUGCAAACGAAGAUACAUCUAUAAACGACAAAGAAGACCUUCAAGUUCCUUGGCCUUCAGUUGCUGCAGCAUUAGAUAAUUCGAUACUGACGAAUACUACUGUAACAUGUAUAAAUGAUUGUAAUAGUUUGGAAUUGCAUUCAAAUAAAAAAGUUGUUCAAAAAGAAGAGAAAUCAUCAAGUAAAGAAACUUUUGAUAAUGUUACUCGUGUACAAAUACCAGUCACCUCUUUUACUCCAGAUGCCCUUAGACUUUCAUCGCCUGUAACCUCACGUUUAAUGAAAAAUGUACACACAAGUCAAAGUUCGUCAAUUCUUACAUUUCCUCAAUUACAAUCCAUUCGUUUUGUACAAACUAACUUUCAAACUACAAUUGAACAGAGUUCAUCUGAAUCUCAAAUUCACGAUUCCACUGGCAUAUCACAGCAAUUAGAAAAUAAAAUCAAUAAUUUUUCUCAAGGAUCUUUGCUAUGUUGUAAUCAAAGAGAUCUUUUUAGCGUCGAAGAAAGUAUAGAAAGUGAAUUACCAGUAAGAAACCAAAAGAGCGUAAGUGGAAGUACUUUUCAACAACAAAAUAUGUUAACGCAAAGUACGGUAGUGCUUCAGCAACAAACAUUACUCCCAUUACAACCUCGCCAAAUUAUAACUGCACUGCACCCUCAGCAGCCACAUUAUCCAAUGAUGAUGAAUAUAUCAAAAACUAAUCGUAGUGCAGGAAUUAAUAACAUUCAUCGAACUUCCAAAAAUGGAAAUAAAGAUCAUAGCAAUGGGCGACCCCGUAAUAUAACCAAAGAGCCACCAGGUGCAGUUAACUUAGAAAGGAGUUAUCAAAUAUGCCAAGCUGUGAUUGCUAGUUCUCCUAAUAGAGAUCAAUUAAAGGCUCAUUUAAAACCACCUCCAAGUUUAAUAACAAAAAGUGAGAAAAUUUUUGCAUUUAAUAAAAUGGGUAAUCGAACUGUAAGUAGCAAUAGAGUUCAAAAACAUUUUCUUACAAAUCAAGAUGUACCUUUGAGUCAAAAUAAAACUGAGAAUGAUACGAUGAGAAAUCUAAAGAGUAUGGCGGGUCAAAAUUUUUCAGAAGAGAAUCACGUCACUGGUUAUAAAUGACACAUAGAGGUCGACUGUUCUUUGUAAUAGAAGAUAAGUAUAAUUUAUUUUGUGCCAAGCAUACAUUUCUAACGUCAAAUCCCAAUUGAAGAUUAAUGAAUUUAAAAUAUUUCUGAUUUUCAAAAUAAAUUUAUAGAGUAACGGAUGUGGUGCACUGAGUAAUCAAACUAAAAUUAAAAAAAAUAUUGUACUAAUAUUACAUGAUAAUCAACGCACAAUUAUUCACUAAUCUUAAUGUGUAAUAAAACAGUAUACACAUUUUUUAACUUUACUCAAGAAUAGUAAAAUAAGGGCAAUUAUCACAUGACAUUUUGCGUGUAUGGUGAAAAUUAAGAUAUAAGAAAUUAAAUACUUUGCGAAUGAAUAUUAGAAACUAGUGUAGUUUUCUGAGGUUUUAGUUAAAUAAAUGAUCAGACUCACCAUGAUAACUCUUGUCCAAGCAAAUUCAGCAUAUACGUACGAAACCGUCCUCUAGAUGUAUAAUAUCUCCAAUAAGCUGAAAUAAAUAGAAGCUGGCUUAAACACAAAGCAACAAGCUCUUUUGCCACUCAGAAGAAUUAACAAAAUAUUAUGUAAAAUGAAAGACUUAACUGAUAGCAGCAACAGAUUUACACUGAGAGAUAGAGCUCUCACUAUUUACUCCUUUGCUGUUUACUAAAAAAAAAACACUUGAGAAGUUGCCAGCAGUGAAGAAAAUAUCACAACGAACUUUUGGACUACGGGUACGAACAACAAUUACCGCACUUUGUUGUCAAUAAAUUAGUUGCGAAUACGCGAUGCGACGCGGGUAAGAGGUUAGCCACAGCAGCAUAGCAGUGGAUGCUAUGCAUGGGUGUGUGUUUGUGCUGCAGUGUCUUUUGUAAUCACAUAAUCUAUCACUGAACAUCCUGCUCCUCCUAUGUACGUGUAUUCUCCUGUUUCGUCGCCUUUGGUAAUUCCAUUCAUUAUGCUGAGUCUCAUCUCUCUUAUCUUUUCCAGUAGUUCUUCCCCUUCUCUGUUUUUCUUUUCAUCUUCUGUUCUCUUCUUUUCCUUCUUCGUCAAUUCCGCCUCCUUAAUAUCCCGUUCUUGCGUUCUAAUCUCUGCACCAUAUCAAUUUCUCGCCCCUGGCGUUCUCCGUCAUCCUCUCUAUCUUUUUUCUUGUUUUUCCUCUCUCAUGUAUUUCGUGCCUAUCCACCAUGCAUCUCCUUUCCCUAAUAUUCUCGCCCCUAUAAAUUUGUUUGUCUUUUCUUCUAUCCACUUAUUCUCUCUGUUUUUAUUCCCUGUUUUACCGCCAUCAAUAUUCCCCUCUUCACUCUUCCUCUUUCUUCCCCUUUUUUGCAUUUCUAACUCUGAAUUCGUAACCUCCCAAUUUCUUUUCAUAGUACUUUCCUUCUUUGUCUUCCAGCCAUGUUUCCUGCAGACAGAUUAUGUCAAACCCUCUUAGAUAUCCCUAGGUCCUCUCAUCUACGCCUUUUAUCCCCGCGAUAUUCUAAUUAAUUAUCCUUAUGUUCUCUUGCUCCUCUUUUUUCUCCAUCUCCUGUCCUUUUCUUUUUCCGAAAAAGCUCCUGUUUUCUUUUCUUCUAUAAAUACUCUACCUCAUCUAUCCACAAGUUGUUAUACCCUAUUUUAACCUAUUUCCCUCUUUUCUUUCCCUUACUGCAUAUUCUCUCAGUUUUUCGUUAUUUGGUCUCUCUUUCCACGUUAUAUCAUGAUCUAUGAAUAUAUCUGACCCUUGCUGCCUUGCCUUUUCUCUCAUGAUUAAGCCUUUUUCCUCCCAGUUUCUACAUUCCGCUCCUAUUAUUCGGAUUCUCUCAUUCUGUGUCUGCGUCCUCCUCAACGUAACCUCUAUUUCAAGUUUAUUUUUUAUCCAGUCUUCUACAGUCUUCCCAUCCCACUUUUAUUCUUUCCACCUUGCGAUCAUAAUAUUGUUCUUUUUCCUAUUCCUUUUUUCCUCCCUCAAUCCUCCAUUCCAUUUCUUCCAUCUGUUUUCUAUCCCUAUUCAGUUCGAUUCCCUUUCAAUUAUCUUUUCUCUCCCCCGCCUGUCUCUCCCUGCUUCUGUCUCUGCCACUCCCUUCCCUUUUUCCAUUCUUUCUAUCUUCCCUAAUAUCCCCUUAAUUUCCUCUUUCCUCUCUUUUCUUUCACGUUCGAAUCUCGCCUCCCAGUCUUUCUUCUCCCUUUCUCUCGCUUCCCCCUCCCUUUCCCUCGCUUCCUUACAUUCUAUUCUAAUUCUUUUCCUUUCUUCUCCUUCUUCUGUCAAUCUUCCCUCUAUAUUUUUUAGCCCUUCCUUCAUUUUACUGUUCAUUUUUUCCUUUAGUUCUAUGUAUCUUUGUUCCCAGUUCUCAAUCAUCUUCUCCCUUUCUUCCUUUUCCUUAUCCAUUUUCAUGUUCAUCCCCUAUACCUUUUGUAGGAUUAUAUCCAUUGUAUUCUUUAACGUCCUGGCUAUCUCUUCUCCCAUUUUUUCUUUUUCUUGUAGUGAUCUUUUCACGUUCCCUCCUUUUGCAAACGCGUUUCUUUCUUCUCUGUUCCGUAUUUUGCUUCGUGAAUUAUUUCCUGCCCCUCGGUGUUUGUCAGGUUCAUCGUUCCUUUCCCGCUAUCUCUAUCUCUCUUACUCUCCUUCCUACCCUCUCUACACUGACCCUUGCUUUCUCACUCUUCUAUCCCUCUACUCCGACCUGCUUUUUCAAGAAUUUUGUAUACCUUUCUCUGCUGGACCCUUUCUAUUCCUUCACCCGACUACUCCUUCCCUCCUUCCCCUCUAAUACCCUCUCUACGGCUUCCUAAAUUCACACACCACUCUACACACUUCCUCUCACUAUGCAAUCCAAUAUGGCACUCUCCAUUGUAUUUCUUUUUUGCCUAUGCAAUGUUCAGUUUAAUAUUAGUAAAAUGCGAAAACAUUUGAUAGAUAGAAUGUAUGAUACAUUAAUAAUACAUCAUUUUUUCCAAUAUCCAAAGAUUAUAAAAAUAAAAUUAAUUUUGAAAUAAUUGCUGAAAUCUCAAUUAUAAGUUUUUCUGGCGGCUCGAUUCCCGCUCUCUCCGUGGCCUAUAAAAGGACCCGCACAACCCGUAUUAGCUCACUAGCUCCAGCGCAACUUAAGCGCCUAGCCUCUUCUCAAGAGCAGCUCACGCCUUGAGAAGAUAAACGACUUAGAAUUAUUUCGAAUCGUUUCUAUACUUAUAAAAUUUCGAAUCAGGCACGAUAUCGUAUCUUAAAGCGUAUCAGUCCUACAUUUGUCAUAAAUUCAAAGACUUGUCAAACUUAAAAUCUUAUUUGUAAAAAUCAAAGCGGAUUUAUUCAUAUAUUUUGUGACACAGAAUAUAUGCAACAAUUAAUGCAAUAUUCUUAUCCUUAAAUAUAAUUUGAAUAUAUUUAUUUUGUUAUAAAAACUUUUAUUAUUGAAAUAAAUUUCCACUACCUGGUAUCCCGGACCUGUCUUAUAUGAUAAUAAUACACUACUAUAUAUAAUUACUUUCCUAUUUAUGAUCUGUUGUCAAAAUUCGGACGUAGAUCAGUAAAUGAUUACUGCUCUUCUCUAAAAUUUAAAAUCUCAUACGCGCUACGGACCGAGAAGAGUCGUGACCGUUUUAACUAUCAGACACACUUUAAUAUAAUAGGGGAAGAGGAUAUUAAUAAAAAGAUUUUAUAUUGUUUUUUAGUUUUUAAGUUUUAGUAUAUAUAAGUGUUAUAUUUCUUGUAUAUCCCAGACCUGCGAUCAGGUUACUACGUUUACCUCUGCGGCAUUUUCAAGUAUUGUAUACAAUACUUUGUAAAUUUUUUCUUGUUAAAUAAAUAUAAAUAUAAAUAUGAUGUACUAAAAGAAAACGUUCAUCUUCUAUUAGACGAUGUCUAGGUGCCAGGAUGACCCCCAAGUCGAUGCUUCAUCGUCUACAAGGAAGAGCACGACUUUAACAUAAAAUAUACCGAAAAAUACUUCUGACUUCGUAAACGAUGUCUAGGUGCCAGGAUGACUCCCUGAUUAACGGGACAUCGUCCACAAGGAAGAGCAUCGUAUCAUCGCUCCCUACAAAGACUAGCACAGUUAAAAUUUUUCAACGAAAACUAGCACAACUCAUGAUUUGCCGCGAAGAAUAGCACAGUUCAGAAAUGUCGCCAAGAGUAGCACAACUCACAUAUUUCCCGCGAAGACUAGCACAACUCGCGAAUUUAUAAUACUUGAAAUGUGAGUAUUUUACGUUUUUUUGGGUUAUUGGGUUAGUAAAGUUCAUGAAAACCUUGGACAAAAACAGACAGUUUUAAAAAGUUUCGGAAAUUUCUAAAAAAAGUGAAAAAUUUUAAAUUCGUUAAAAGGUUGUAAAUUGUAAAUAUUUAAAAAUGUUAAUUAGGGACAGUUUUGCAAAAAUCGGGAAAUUUUUGUAGAAAUUCGUUGUUUAAAGUUUGAAUUGUUCUAGUUUUCGCAGCAAAUGUGCGAGUUAAGCUACUCUUUGCGGGAACGCGCGAGUCGUGUUAGUCUAGCGUGGGUCAAAUAAGUUGUGCUACUUAUGACGGGAAAUUUCAACAAUCUUCGUAGGGAACGACGGUAUAUAAAUCAAAUGUACCGAAAAAAAAUCUUAACUUGUUGUAGAUGAUGUCUAGGUGCCAUGAUGACUCCCUGAUCGACAGGACAUCGUCUGAAUGUUAUUUGUUAAUUUUUACAAAAACAAAUUAUUAAAAGAAUACAAUUUCCGUGAUUAAUCUGGGUGUUUGUAAGCAAAGGCCGAGGGGCCGCCGCAGUUAUCCUUCGCCCAAUAUGACUAUGACUAUGACUAAGCAAAGAUUACAAGCGAUCUGGAAAAAUUAAUUUUUGCAGAAUAUUUUCACGAAAUAUAGGGAUAUUUACAGAAAAUAUUGUUCCUUUUGAAUUUAGCUUUACAUUAUUAAGAGAGUUCUGCAGAGACUGGAACAAAUGAUAGUCCGACGGGGAAAGGUCCGGGUUAUAUGGUGGAUACAUUAGAACUUCUCAGCCAAACUCUCUCAAUUUUUGACGAGUCAUUAAAGAUAUGUGCUGUCUAGCGUUCUCGCGAUGAAAAACAACGUCUUUCCUAUUGAUCAAUUCUAGCCGUUUUUUUCAAUCACCUCCUGCAAUCGCAUUCGUUGUUGACAGUAGACAUUUGAAUUAAUGGUUUUUCCAGAUUUGUGCAGCUCAUAAUGAACAAUACCCUUUUAAUCCCACCAAACACUCAGCAACACCUUCAUUUGCGUCAAUACGGACUUCGCAACUCUUUGUGAAGUUUCUCCAGGUUUCAACCACGAUAUUUUUCGAACAUUAUUGUCGUACAUGAUCCAUUUUUACGCGACUUUAAAAUUUGAAGUUGAAAAUAUGAGUUCUCUUGAAAAUGGUUCUUAUUUGAAAAAUCAACGUUAACCGUCAAAUUACCAUGAAAAUUGAAUUCAAGGCUAAAUUAGAAUUCACCACUCGACUUCCCUCUCUCUGACGAGAUAUACGCGGUGGGCAUUUUAAUUAGAUUAACCUAUAUAAGCUAUGACAAAUCGAUACAAAAAAUAAAUACAUAAAUGAUGCUAAAAUUUUAGACAAGUUUAUUCAAGAUGGAAGGUCGUUCUUAGGCCCAGAAAAACGGCGAAAAGGUCAAGGGGCCACAACGCACCACAUUAUGAUGACUUGUCGUGAAGAAGCUAAUCCAGUGCUCGAAAAAGACGUCAUUUUGAAGAAGUAGAAGAAAGGAGUCGAUAGAAAGGAAUCAUUUCCCUGGGAAGCAUAAAAUACGUGUUUUUCAUCCGCUGAUAGAGAGAAAGUUUUAUUGUAAACAACUCUGUUACAGACGUUUGUAAUGUAGUUCAUGAUUAAAAGUCGAAAAUUUAACUGUCAUAAUUGAUUUUGAUAGAGACUUAAGGAGGCAAUUUCCUGCACAGUGGACCGUAUUAACUCCAUAUCUUUUUUUAAAAACUUAAAUUGCAAAACAUCAAGACGUUAAGUUCCGCACGUACUCAGAUACCAUUAAGUACUCAAAAGCAACUCAGAAAAAAGUUCCUAAAAUAUCUGCCAAGAAAAACAAUAAGAGCAAUAUCGAUGUCAUGAAAUCGGUAACUGAAUGCCUCACAGCCGAAAAAAACAUUUACGUUAACAAAAAUGAUGAAGUUAUUAUAAGCUUCCCAUAUGAUAACAGUGCCGAAUUAACGGAGACACUACUGAAAGAAAAACUAGUGGACGAAUGUAACAUAACAAAGAAUGAAUUAAAUAAUCCGAAGAUCAAAAUAGUGGGUAUCGACAAUUAUAUGAACACGCAAACCAAGGAAAUCAAGAAGGACAUUAAUGAAAGAAAUUUCAGUAAUUUUGAAAAGAAUGGAGAAAAAUAAAAAAACAAAAGAAAAUAAAAGAAUAAUAAAAAUAAACUGUCAAUAUAGUAAUACAAGAUAUAUAUAUCAGAUCUAGACAUAAAACAUUUCACCUAUGACUCCAACCAGUGCAGCAUCUUGAAAAAAAAAUUGAUAGAUACAUCGACUCCGUCGAUGAUCCCAUUAAACCAACCUUACCGGUAACUGAAUCAAUCUAUCGCAACAUGGAAUCAGCAAACAGGCUUGAAGUACCUGUAGAUGCCAAUAAUGCUGCGGAUAAGGAAAUUCAGCAACUUGAAAAUAACACUACGCAAUAAAUCGAAAAAAGAACCUCAUCAUAACUCAAGACCACAUACAAGACGUAAUCAACAAGUAUUAUUAAACCAACCAAAGCCACUUCUCUGAAUCAACACCAGUCAACAAAAGCCAUAAAAACGAGAUCAAGAAAUAGGUAACAUGGAUACUUUUGAUUAUUUAGAUGCUUUUAAAAUGACUCAAUGCAAAAAGAAAGGACAUGCAGCAAUAUUAAAAAUUUUAAUAAACUUAUAAACAACAAAAAGGAUAUUAACCUGCAUGUAAAUAUUUGAAGUAUAAAUGCAAAUUUUGAUAAACUAAAAAUUGUAAUAGAGGGUUUAGCUAUCAAACCAGCGAUGCGACGUUGCAAACGUCAAGAGCCAAAACCGCCAGCCGCCACCAGGUCCAAGAGAAGCCCAGAAGACAUCGACGGGAACAUUGACGUCCACGAGAAGCCUCGAGAGAAGAGAACGAGAAAUAGGACAGCAGACGUCAGCGGACUGGACCUGGGCCUGAGUCCCGCCGCCUGCUGCACGAUCGCGGCUCGUGAGUGAGCGUGCGAGAAUAAGCCCUGCGUGGCAACAUUGUGCGCGGGCGGCAUCAUGCCACCGCGUUGUAGGGAAGGGCUGGGCGAAAUACAAGUGCAAUAAACUAUAA